CAUAUUAGUGUGACACACAGUGAAAGAACCAUGUGCAGGGUGUCGGGUUGGAUCUGUACUUGAGCUGUUGUAGACACACGUUUGCCGUCAUUAUGAACGUUAUUUCUCUUUGCAGAAUAAUAUAGUGUAGUAACAUUUAAUGUUGAUUUGUUCACCUUCUCUACACCCGCGCUGAAUCAUGGGGAAAUCAAAGACCAAGAACCAGAAGAAAUCCCGAGCAACAGCCAACCAUGUGGCCGAGCAGAUCUACGGAGCUGUGCCCCACUCCUUCGUCUUUCAUCGGGGUCAGAUCGGGAAAAACGUGGGUCAGCUGAUCCUGGACGUGCGGAGAGUCAUGGAGCCCUACACCGCAGAGUCUCUGAAGGUUAAGAAAAAGAAUGUGCUGAAAGACUUUGUGGCCAUUGCAGGACCACUGGGAGUGACACACUUCAUGAUCUUCAGCAAGACCACCAGCAGUAUCAACAUGAGACUUGCUCGACUUCCCAAAGGUCCCAUGCUUCAUUUCAGAGUCCUCAAGUACUCGCUCAUCAAAGAUGUGGUUUCAUCUCUGAAGAAGCACAGGAUGCACGAGCAGCAGUUCACACAUCAUCCACUACUCAUCCUCAAUAACUUUGGAUCUGAUGGCAUGCACAUAAAACUCAUGGCCACCAUGUUCCAAAACAUGUUUCCUUCCAUUAAUGUGCAGAAGGUAAGCCUCAACAACAUCAAGAGGUGUGUGCUGCUGAAUUACAACCCAGCGUCUCAGGAGAUAGAAUUUCGACAUUACAGUCUGAAGGUCGUCCCCGUCGGCAUGAGCCGUGGAGUCAAGAAGCUGAUGCAGGAGAAGUUCCCCAACAUGAGCAAGUUUGAGGACAUCAGUGAGCUGCUGAUGAAAGGGGCGAACCUCUCAGAAAGUGAAGCAGAGCAAGAUGGGGAGCACAACAUCACCGAGCUGCCGCAGGUCUACUCUGGGAGAGGCAACAUGGCAUCCCAACAGAGUGCGGUUCGUUUGACCGAGAUUGGUCCUCGCAUGACUCUGCAGCUGACGAAGAUCCAGGAAGGCAUGGGAGAAGGGAACGUCCUUUAUCAUGCUCUCGUCUCAAAGACAGAGGAGGAAAUACAGGAGAUCCUGAACAGGAAGGAGGCUCAGUUAAAGGAGAAGGAGGAUCGGCGGAAAAAGCAGGCGCAGAAUGUUGCUCAGAAAAAAGAGAAACGAGAAGAGCACAAGAAAAACAGCCUGGAGGGCAUUAAGCGGAAACAUGCUGAAGCUGAAGAGGACAGUGAGGUGGAGGAUCCCGGCAUGCAGGACGAUCAGGAAGUUGCCGCUGAAUCUGAUGAUGAGGUGGAGUACUACAGACAGGCUGUAGGACUGGAGCCAGAUGAAGACAUGUUCCCUAGUGCCAAGAAGAGGCGGAGCUCAGAAAAGUCUCACGGACCUGCCAAGAAGAGGAAGCUGUCCUCUGGUAAAUCAUCGAGAAAAGACAGUGAUGCUAAAUCGCCAAAGAGAAACGGUCCAGGAGGACAGCACAGAGACAACAUGGGAAAAGGAUGGAAGAAAUCCGGGGACAGGGAGAAAGCAUUUGGAAAGAAAAUGAAUCCUGGAGGAAAGACAUUCAGAGGCAAGAAACCUGGCGAUAGAGAAAAUAAAUUUGGUGGGAAGAAGAAAUUUGAAGGGAAAAAAACAUUUGGUGGAAAGAAAAAUAAGGACAAAACAUUCAAAUCUAAAGGUCAGAAAGGCAAGCCGGGCUUCAAGAAAGGUGCUGGAGCGAAGCAAGGAUUCAAACAGAGGAAGGGAAAAGGUGCCUUCAUUAUAGAUGGUCGAUUGUUCAAGAUGAUGUACAUGGGGAAAGUAAGAACCUGUACUGAAAGCAAGAUGGUGAACAAUUUCUCCCACUGUGAGAAGUUUCAAAUAGCCCUGCUGCCCCCACUGUUUGGGAUUGAGUUCAUCGUGGCCCUGGCAGGAAACCUGUUUGCCCUGUGGCUACUGGUGGUCAGAGAGAGAAGAAACUGGCACACUGGUGUUGUGCUGUCUUGUAACCUGGCCAUCAGUGACCUGCUGUAUGUCCUGACCCUGCCUCUGCUUGUUGUCUACUACAAAAUGGAGAAAGAUUGGACUUUUGGUGUCACUGCAUGUAAAAUCGAGAAGUUUCUUUUCACCUGCAACCUGUAUGUGAGCAUCUUCUUCAUCAUGGCGAUAAGUGUAAACCGAUGUGUGGCCCUCAUGUGUCCAUUCUUUACCCGAUCCUACAUAGAGCCUGCCCAUGCCAAAAUCAUCAGUGUCAUCAUCUGGAUCAUCGUGGGAGUCAUUUCCUGCCCUGUGUUGAAAUUUGCCACCAUUAAGCCAAAUAAUCCUGCUAAUAACACUAUGUGUGUGUCCUUCUCUGAUGAGACAGAAAACCCUCACUUCAUUUACAAAGUGUUUCUGUCUGUGUUUGGAUGUUUUGUUCCCUUUCUGGUGACUUUCACUUCUUACUGUAUGGUAAUUUGGGUGGUGUGGAGAAAUGUCAGUAUAACCACGCUGGAGAAACGCAAGGUAGCUCUGCUGGUCACAUCAGUUCUUGUGUUAUAUGCUGUUUCCUUUGUGCCUUACCACAUCUUUCAGACCUAUCACCUGUAUCUGAGAAUCAAAGAUCCAACAAACUCUGCCUGUUGGACCUACAACAUGUACCAGGUGUCCAAGGGACUGGCAAGUCUGAACAUGUGUAUCCACCCAAUCCUUUACAUGGCUUUGUUUGACAGUAUAAGAGUAGCUUGUUGUGGGAAGAGCCCAGAGGAAAACGGUGGUGUAGUGAUGAAGUAGAGCUACUGUAUGAAACCUUUUCUGUCAAGCACAUCCUUAUUGCAUGUUGAAAAAUUUUUAAUCUACACAGAUAUACACAGAUAUACACAGAUAUUCUUUCUGCUCUAAAUUCUUGAGUUGUUUUUGAUAUUGU